GCUACCCGGUGGGCUCUUUUCAAUCAGUUCCAAACUGGAAACCCUGCAAUUGUCAGGCAAUAAAUUGACAACUUUACCCAGUGUAUUGUUCCAACAAACCAGUGCCCUGCGAAACAUACGCUUGGACAAGAACCAUCUGAAUUGGCUGCCGUUGACUCUUUUCGCCAACACAACUAGCCUUACAAAACUGAACUUGUCUGGCAACGCCCUAACAGCUCUGCCCCGCGGUGUGGUCCGCAUGCAACAAUUCCAGGUUCUUGAUAUAAGUGGACAAUCGCUGGCUUUGGACCACCGUCUGUGUGAGCUAAUUGGACUCAGCAGUAAUGUGUCAAUCCUAGCUGCCCCAGCCGUCCUGGCCUACAUCCGCAACCAGCUCAGUAUAAGCUAUUGCCAGAGUUCAUGUGCAAACAUCCCAGCCUCGGAGAACCCCUGUCCCAAGACGACGGAGUACUGCGUCGGUCUAGUAUCCAACUAUCAUUGCUUUGAUCAAUGCUACCAUGGAACUAAACAAGGUUCCACAGGAAAAUGCAUCUGUAAUCAGGGAUAUUUUGGUGCACAUUGUGAAAAAAAAUCCACGGCUGUUUGA